GCUCUGAGGCACUGUAAGAACCAGCAAGCAUGGCCAGCACAGCAGUCCAGCUCCUGGGUUUCUUGCUCAGCUUCUUGGGGAUGGUCGGGACCUUGAUCACUACCAUCUUGCCUCACUGGAGAAGAACAGCCCAUAUAGGCACCAACAUCUUAACAGCUGUGUCCUAUCUGAAGGGACUUUGGAUGGAGUGUGUCUGGCACAGCACCGGCAUGUACCAGUGCCAGGUCUAUCGAUCUCUGUUGGCCUUGCCCCGAGACCUUCAGGCAGCUCGCGCCUUGAUGGUCAUCUCCUGCCUCCUCUCUGUCAUGGCGUCCACUUGUGCCGUCAUCGGCAUGAAGUGUACUCAGUGUGCCAAAGGCACCUCUGUCAAGAAUAACUUUGCUGUCUCUGGGGGAGUCCUCUUUAUCCUUGCGGGACUGCUGUGCAUGGUGGCUGUCUCCUGGACCACCAAUGACGUGGUAGAGAAUUUCUACAACCCACUGCUCCCCACUAGCAUGAAGUAUGAGCUGGGGCAAGCCCUGUACCUGGGCUUCAUUUCGUCAUCUCUGUCUCUCAUUGGUGGGACGCUACUCUGCAUGUCAUGCCAGGAGGACGAGCCCUACUCAGAAUACCAGACACAGUCCAGAAUGGCAGCCACGGCACCUCCUUACCAUCCUCCCACCGCUUACAAGGACAAUCGUGCUCCCUCGGUGGCAUCGGCUUCACACAGUGGUUAUAGACUGAAUGACUAUGUGUGAGUUCCUAGAGACUUUCCAGGGUUUCUGCUGCUUAAUUGUGUCUUUCUCUGAGAUGCCCAGGUCCCGAAACUCUUAAUUUAUGGAACAUUUUUAGCACAAAAUGUAUGAUGGUAUAUAUUUUUAAUUUGAGGGGGAAAUGGGGUUGGGCCCUGAAAAUGGAGAAUAAAGAAGAAUUGGGGGGAACAGAAGAAAUCUAUGACCUACCAAAGACCACAAAACUUCUGCUUUUUAUUUAAUGUAGUAUUUAUGUUGGGAAUUCAAUAGCAUA